AUGACAUGGAAAUAUAUGAUGUUAAUAACACUUAUUUUUACAUCGAUAAUAUACGUUCAUUCUGAUGCAUUAUACGAUUUAAAUGAACAAUUCCUAGCAGCAUACGAUCGUGCUCGUGAUCAUUUAAUAUCUACUAUCAGUCCAAUCAUUAUUUGUACUGGAGAUACUGCUACAGUACUACAUCGUGGUCAACGAUACGAAGAACAAGUAAUACCUAAACUCUAUCAUGAUUUGAAAUCUAUAUCCCACAUUCCAUUAACAAUCUAUCUCAGGCUUUUGUUUAAUUCUGGAAAUUUAUCUGAUAGUAAAUAUAUUGAAUUAAAACAAUAUCUACGAGAUAUUCGUUCUCUUCAAAAUUCUAUUCAAUUUCCAACGUAUACACAACAGAAUCAAGAUGAUAUUGUUGAUUUAUCAAUCGAAUAUUUACGAACUGUAUUGAAAAGAAAAUUUGUUGAUAAACUUCAAUUAAAAACAUAUUGUCAACAAAUACAAACGUUAUUUUCAAUUAAUAUUGAAUUAGCUGCACGUAUGCAUCUUGAUAUGCUCGAUUCAAAAAUAAGACCAUGGUAUCAACAUCAUUUUAAUGAUACUGAACGCAAUUCUCUUAGAAUAUUAAUAAUGGGACCGAAAACAGCUCGUCAUGGUUUUCUUACCAAAGAAUAUUUUUAUACAUUAAUUGGAGAACGACAUGAAGGAAAACAUAUUAUCUACGUAGAAAGUGUUGACAAUGAACAGCAAGCAUUAAAAAUAUUAGGCGCAUGGCUGUUAGAUGCACAAACUAGUACAACCUUUUAUGAUGGUGAUAGUGAACGAUUGCAUCGAGAUUUACUUGCUGAUGCGGCCAAGACACAUAUUAAAGGGUUAUUUGAAAAAUCAAAAUUGUCUAUGUCAGUGUGA